ACACACAACUAUUAAAUAAUAACUUAGAAUAACUAAGGUGGAAAUGGCAAGGGGAAAGUCAUCGACAGUAGGUCUAGCCCUUGGGCUCCUUUUGAUGACCCUGGUCGGGGAGUGUUAUGGUCAGUGUAGUGACAAGUUCAAGGUGGGUUACUACGAAGGAAAGUGUGGCAAAUACGAUGUUGAAGCCGUUGUUUUCCACGUUGUUAAGAAGUAUUACCUUCAAGAUCCGGACACUAUUGCUGAUCUUAUCCGUUUGAAUUUUCAUGACUGCUUUGUUAGGGGAUGCGAUGCUUCAAUUAUGAUCGAAGGUGAAGGAACAGAGAAGACUGCAUCUCCAAAUCUCAGCGUUGCUGGUUAUGAUAUUGUUGAGGAGAUUAAGGUUUAUCUUGAUCAAUAUUGCCCAGGAGUUGUCUCUUGUGCUGACAUUAUUGUCUUAGCGGCUAGAGCUGCUACAUUUUUUGGUGGAGCAUAUUGGUACAACGUAGAAACCGGAAGAAAAGACGGUAAUGUUUCACUAGCAAUUGAUGCCGAACAAGGACUUCCUAGUCCAAGAAUCCCAGUCAGUGCUGCUAUCCAAUUGUUUUCUGGUUAUGGAUUAGACACCCCCGAUUUUGUUUACCUUUUAGGUUGUCACACUGUUGGAACUGCACAUUGUGAUAAAUUCGAAGACCGUCUAUACAACUUUCAAAACAGUGGAAAGCCAGACCCCGCCAUGUCCCCAAAGUUGCUCUACUCUCUUCAAAAGAAGUGCCCUCGCGGUGCCAAUUCUAACAACCAAGACUUCCUUGACCAAACUAAGGGAAGCGAAUUCAAAAUGGACAAUGGUUUCUUCAAAAGAAUUUUGGAAGGCGAAGGUCUUCUUCAAGUUGAUCAAGAAUUGGCUUAUCAUCCAGAGACUAGACCCAUUGUUGUUAGGGCAGCUGAAGAUGAGAAAGUAUUCCUCGCUAAGAUUGGUCCAGCUAUGCGUAAAAUGGGUUUGAUUGGAGUUAUAACCGAAGGAAAGAAUAGAGUUGGAACAUGCAAAAAGGUUAACUACUAAGAUAUGAGCAUAACUCAUCAAAAAUAGCCAGAGUCAAUUUGAUUUAAUACCUAAAUUACUUUAUUUUUACCUCGUUGUAUUUUUUGAAUUUUUCUUUUUUCUUUGCCAUGUUCUUCCCUCGUUGGGAAUUGACUAUUGUAUGUUAAAGGCUCUGGCAAGCUAACAUGUUAUUAUUUCAAGUUGUGAGAUUAAUAUAUUACAUA